GUUUCAUGCAAGCUGCACGAACCCUCCUUCUCAGUGCUGCAGUACUUUCUUUAAAAGUUAGUUUACACACUCCACUGGAUUUAUUCCUUCAUUAAACUUUCAGCCUUCACACAGCGUUCAAGUGUAGUCCGAUAUGACAAUGUCACAUCCAGUGCAUCACCUGGGGUUGCUUCUCCUUUUUGUCCUCAUGGUGCCGACUUCUCAAGACACUUGUCCAGCCUCUUCUAAAAUUCAUGGGACUCCCGGUCGCCCUGGGAUUCCUGGACUUCCUGGGAAAGAUGGCUCGGAUGGAUUCCCAGGGGAAAAAGGAAAUCCAGGUCCUCCUGGAUCGGUUGGGAUGACUGGCAGUAAAGGACAGAAGGGUGAGCAAGGCAUUGAAGGCCCCACCGGAAAAGUCGGACCUGAUGGUGAGAGAGGAGAAAAGGGAGAAAAGGGUGCGGCGGGGGAGAAAGGUCAGAAAGGAGAUGUAGGAGGCCACCUGAGUACGCUGAAGUCUGCCUUUUCCAUGGCAAGAAGUAGCGAUAAGUCGCUGAGGAAAGGGUACACGAUAACUUUUGAAAAGGAGAUCAGCAAUGAACAAGGAAGUUACUUUCCUCGGUCAGGGAGAUUCACAUGUCGUAUCGCAGGCUUGUACUACUUCACAUACCAUGCGACUUCCAAGGGAUUCCUGUGUGUCAACCUUAUGCAUAACAGAGAAAGGGUGGUCACCUUUUGCGACCAGGUUCUCAACACAUUCCAAGUCAGUUCAGGAGGGGUCGUCCUUAAACUGAAUCAAAAUGACAUUGUCUAUCUCCAAGCAACGGAGAAGAGUUCGAUGCGAGGAAUGGAGGAAACUGACAGUGUCUUCAAUGGGUUCCUCAUCUUUCCUGAUUAAUAGGCUAACUGGCUAUUUGAUCAUAGUUGUCUCAUAGAGUCACAGCCGUGGAGUAAUACAGCACAGAAACAGGCCCUUCGGCCCAACUCAUCCAAGCUGACCAUGGUGCCCACCAAACUAGUCCCAUCUGCCUGCGUUUGGCCCAUAUCCCUCCGAACCCUCCUACCCAUGCACUUAUACAAGUGUCUUCUGAACGUUGUUCAUGUAUCUGCCUCAGUCACUUUCUGUGGCAGUUCAUUCCAUACACCCACCACCCUCCACGCGAAGAUGUUGCCCCUCAGAUCCCUUCUAAAUCUCUCACCUCCCAACUUGAACCUAUGCUACCUAGUUUUUGGUUCCCCUUCCUGGGAAAAAGACUGUGUGCAUUCACCCUAUCUUUACCCCUCAUGAUUUUAUGCACCUCAUUAAGUUACCCCUCAGUCUCCUACGUUCCAAGGAAUAAAGUCCUCUCCUGCUCAACCUCUCCCUGUAACUCAAGCUCUCGAGCCCAGACAGCAUCCUCGUAAACCUUCUCUGCGCUCCCUCCAGUUAAAUGAUAACGUUCCUUAACAGGGCAACCAAAACUGUGCACAGUACUCCAAGUGUGGUGUCACCAACGUUUUGUACAACUGCAACAUAACGUCCCAACUCCUGUACUCGGUGCCUGACUGAUGAAGGCCAGCGUGCCAAAUGUCUUCUUCACCACCCUGUCUACCUGUGACGCUGUUUUCAGUGAACUAUGUACUUUUACUCCUAAGUCCCUCUGUUCCACAACACUCCCCAGGGCUCUACCAUUCACUGUAUUAGUCCUACCCUGGCUUGACUUCCCAAAAUGCAACACUUUACACUUAAUCUAAUUUGAAAACCAUUUGCCAGUCCUUGGCCCAUUUACCCAGCAGAUCAAGACUCCCUGUAAUUUUUCAUAACCAUCUACACUACCACCUAUUUCAGUAUCAUCUGCAAAUUUAUUAACCACGCCUUGUAUAUUUACAUCCAAAUCGUUUAUAUAAAUAACAAACAACAAAGGUCCCAGCAUUGACCCCUGUGGCACACCACUAGAUAUAGGCUUCCAGUCUGAGAAACAGCCUUCAACCAUCACCCUCUGCUUCCUACCAAGCAGCCAAUUAUGUUUCCAAUCCAUUAUCUCCCCUUGGAUUUCAUGGGGUCUAACCUUCCAGACCAGCCUGCCAUGAGGGACCUCAUCAAAGGCCUUGCUAAAGUCCAUAUAGACACCAUCCACUACUCUGCCCUCAUCUACCCUCUUGGUUACCUCUUCGAAAAACUCUAACAAAUUUGUCAGGCACGAUUUCCCACCUACAAUCCCUAAUUAGACUUUGUCCAUCCAAAUAUUGGGAGAUCCUGUCCCUCAGAAUCCCCUCCAGUAACGUCCCCACCACCAAUGUCAGACUCACUGGCCUGUAGUUCCCUGCCUUGUCCUUGCUGCCCUUCUUAAACAAUGUUACAACAUUAGCCACCCUCCAGUCUUCUGGAACUUUACCUGUGACUAACAAUGAAGCAAAUAUCUCUGCAAGGACCUCCACAAUUUCUUCUCUAGCUUCCCACAAGGUCCGAGGAUGCACUCAGUCAGGUCCUUGGGAUUUAUCCACCAUAAUGAGCUUUAAGGCUAUGAAUCCCUCCUCCUUGGUAAUUCAGAUGUGGUCCAAGGAAUCAUCACUCAUUUCCCUCAUUUCUUAAGCAUCCAUAAUUUUCACCACAGUAGAAACUGAUGCAAAAUAUUCUUUAAAAAACUUGUCUGUCUCCUGUGGCUCCACACAUAGACAGCAAAGCUGAUCUUCAAAGGGACCUAUUCUCUCUCUAGCCACCCAGUUACUCUUAAUAUACCAAUAAAAUCUCUGUGGAAGAUAAGUUAAAAAUUAUAUUUAAAAAACUAGGAUUUGAAAUAACAGUAGUGAACAGUUAAUGCCUGUGUCUGAAAUUUCUCUGCUUAACAUUAAUGAGGAUGUUUAUUGCCUUUGGCAAAGAGAUUUUGGAGGAAAGCGUUCCUGUUUGAAGUACUACUGUCCCAAUCCUACUGCUUUCCUUCAAGGCCUCAGAAAUGUCAUUGCAACAAUUGUCCUUUCUUCGAUCACUUAACCUAAUGCCAGAUUAUUUUAAAAUUGAUUGAUCGUCUUGUUAUAUUUCUUGUCAUUCAUACCCAAAGUUUGUGUGCAUGUGCCAAAUGAAAUGGUGUCAGGUUAUAAAAGUUGUAGAUCUCCAUUUUUCUUUGAAUCUCCUUGUAAUAAAUCAAUCUGAAAAUUGAGUAAAACUUAUCAUUUGUGGUAUGUAAAUUAGCAGCAUUGACUUAGCCAUCAGUAUCCAAUAUCUGUCAAGGUAACCAAGCAAUUUAUAAAAUUUGUUACAAAGAACCAGAAACUGCAAUGUAAACAAAGGUUGCAGUAUACUUAUUUUUAAAAUUAAAUAAAUCUGAUCAUUUUAUGCAGUGUUGGAUUGUAGAGAAAGUGAAUCAAGUUCACAUAAAACACUAUAUACAACUGAUGGAGUGGUGUUGGGUCUGUAGCAAAUGUAGAAAAUGGCCAAUAAUCCCACUCAGGAAUCACAUUGAAAUCUCAAAUCACCAGACCCUGCCCCUCCAUGUGCUUUUUAAAUGAUGCUAUUGUACCUGCCUCAAUUACUUCCUCUGGCAGCUCACUUCAUAGAUUCACCACCCUCUGAAUGAAAAAGUUGGCCCUCAGGUUCAUUUUAAAUCUUUCCCCUCUCACCCUAAACCUAUGCAUCCUAGUUUUGGACUCCCCUACCCUGGGGAAAACACUGCUAUGAACCACCAUAUCUAUGCCUUUCAAAAUUUUGAAGCACCUCCAUAAGGUUGCCUCUCAUUCUCGUACAUUCCAAGGAAUAAAGACCCAGCCUGGCCAACCUCUCCCUAUAACUCAGGCCCUCGACUCCUGGCAACAUCCCCGUAAAUCUUCUCCGCAGUCUUUCCAGUUUAACCACGUCUUUUCCAAUAACAGGGUGACCAAACCUGACCACAGUGCUCCAAGUGCAGCCUCACCAACGACUUACACAAUUGCAACAUAUUGUUCCAACUCCUGCAUUCAGUGCCCUGACUAAUGAAGGCCAGCAUGCUAAAUGCCUUUUACACCACCCUGUCUACCUGUGAUGCUGCUUUCAUCGAACUAUGGACUUGUUCUCUGAGGUCCCUCUGUUCCAUUACACUCCCUCGGCCCACUUCCCGAACUGAUCAAGAUCCCCCUGUAAUCUACAAUAACCUUCUUCACUAUCAGCAACAGCUCCUAAUUCCGUGUCAUCCACAAACUUACUGAUCAAGCCUUGUGCAUUCGCAUCGAAAUCAUUUAUAUAAAUAACAAAUAACAAGGGUCCCAACACCGACCCCUGUGGCACACCACUAGUUACCGGCCUCCAUUCCAGGAAACUCCCUUCAACCACCACCCUCUGUUUCCUACCUCUGAGCCAGCCACCUAACUAGCUUUCCCUGGAUUCCAUGGGACCUAGCCUUCCAGACCAUCCUGCCAUGCAGGACCUUUCUGAAGGCCUUGCUGAAAUCCAGAUAGACACCAUCCACAGCCCUACCCUCAGCUACCCUUUUGGUUACCUUGUCAAAGAUCUGCAAAAGAUUUGUCAGACUCGACUUUCCACACACAAACCACUCUGACUCCUCCUAAUCAAACUCUGUCUAUCAAAUUGCUGGUAGAUUCUAUCCCUCAGAAUUCCCUCCAGUAACAUCCCCACCACUGACAUAAGGCUGACUGGCCUGUAGUUCCCUGCCUUGUCCUUGCUGCCCUUCUUAAACAAUGGAACAACAUCAGACAUCUUCCAGUCUUCGGGAACUUCACCAGUGACUAACGAUGAAGCAAAUAUGAUGAAGGGCCUCUACAAUUUCUUCUCUCACCUGGCACAAAGUCUGAGGAUGCACUCGGUCAGGCCCUGGGGAUUUAUCAACCUUAAUGUGCUGUAAGGCUGCAAAUACCUCCCCCCGGUAAUAUGAAUGUUCUUCAAAACAUCUCAGCUUGUUUUUCUUAACCAUUGAGCAACCAUGAUUUCCUCCUCAGUAAACACAUAAGAGAAAUAUUCAUUAAAAAUCCCGCCCAUCUCCUGCAGCUUGAAACAGGCCCUGCUGAUCUCUCAGGGGACCUACUAUCUCUCUAGAUACCCUUUUACUCUUUAUAUAGCUGUAGAAUCUCUUGGGAUUUUCAUUAACCUUACCUGCCAGAUCCAUCUCAUGCCCUCUCUUAGCCCUCCUGAUUUCCCUCUUAAGAGUAUUCAUAAUAGAACAUAGAACAUAGAAAAACAACCAGCACAAUUCAGGCCCUUCGGCCCACAAAGCUGUGCCGAACGUGUCCCUACCCUAGAAAUUACUAGGCUUACCCAUAGCCCUCUAUUUUAUUCAGCUCCAUGUACCUAUCUAACGGUCUCUUGAAAGACCCUAUCGUAUCAGCCUCCACCACUGUUUCCGGCAGCCCAUUCCACACACUCACCACUCUCUGGGUAAAAAACUUACCCCUGACAUCUCCUCUAUCCCUACUCCCCAGCACCUUAAACCUAUGUCCUCUUGUGGCCACCAUUUCAGCCCUGGGGAAAAGCCUCUAUCUACCCGAUCAAUACCUCUCAUCAUCUUAUACACCUCUAUCAGGUCCCCCCUCAUCCUCCAUCUCUCCAAGGACAAAAGGCCGAGUUCCCUCAGCCUGCUUUCAUAAGGCAUUCUCCACAUUCCAGGCAGCAUCCUUGUAAAUCUCUGCACCCUCUCUAUGGCUUCCACAUCCUUCCUGCAGGGAGGUGACCAGAACUGAGCACAGUACUCCAAGUGGGGUCUGACCAGGGACCUAUAUAGCUGCAACAAUACCUCUCGGCUCCUAAGUUCAAUUCCCCAGUUGAUGAAGGACAAUACACCAUAUGCUUCUUUUUAUAGUCAUCAAGGGAUUCCCCCGUCCCAGACCUCCUAACCCCAAUGUAUGCUUCCUUCAUUUUCUUGACCAGAGCCUCAAUAUCUCUUGUUGGCCAAGGUUCCCUAAACUUUCCAGGUUUACCCAUCACCCGAACAGGAACAUGCUGCCCCUGGACUCCUGGUAUCACACUCUUAACAGCCUCCUACUUGCCAUUCGUUCCUUUCCCUUCACACAGGCUCUCCCAAUCGACCUCUGCUAGAUCCUACCUCACUCCCCCAAAAUUAGCCCUGCUCCAGUUUGGGACCCUGACCUGUGGACCUUUCCGAUCCUUUUCCAAUACUGUCUUAAAACUAAUAGAAUUAUGGUCACUGGAGCAAAGUGCUCCCUGACUGCCACUCCAGUUACCUGCCCUGCCUCGUUCCCUGACAGAAGGUCCAGUGUUGCACCCUCCCGAGUAGGGGCCUUUAUAUAGGGAAUAUAAAGGGAACCUUUCCUGGACACGUUUCACAAAUCUCACCCCAUCCAGGCCCUUAACACACUCGGUGAAAUAUUCAUUUCAAUAGCAUUAAUUCGGCCAAUCAAUGAUUUCGAAAGGGGAGACCAACUUGAUAAAACUCUUUUCACAUAAUGCAGUCAGGUGAAAAAAUUUUCUUUAAAUAAAUGUUUAUAAUUUUUAGUAAUUGACACCCCCAGAUAGGUAAAAUGAUUUCUUACAAUUUUAAAAUAUAUUUUAAAAUAUAUCUAUUUCAGGCUUUACCUGUUUUUAUUCCUAAGUCUUUCUUUGACUCUCUUGAUUCAAUUAUAUCUUCUUACAUAUGGAACAAGAAACAUCCCAGACUAAAUAAAGUUCACCUUCAGAAGGUUAAAAAGAACAGAGGUUUAGUCUUACCCAACUUUAGGUUUUAUUACUGGGCAGUCAAUAUACGAAAUCUUACGUUUUGGUUACAUUACAUUAAUCAAGAGGCUUGUCCAGUAUGGGUUUCUUCAGAAGCUAACUCUGUUAAAAAAAUUUCUAUUGUUUCUCUGCUUGGCUCUUCACUUUCUUUAUCAUUAAAUAAACUAACAGAUCAUUUAGUAGUUAAACAUGCUUUGAGGAUUUGGUUACAAUUUAGAAAAGAUUUUGGUUUAUUGAGUUUUUCUUUGUCCAGUCCCAUUUUCUCUAAUUAUUUUUUUAAACCUUCUAUGACUGAUGUAGUUUUUAAAGAGUGGGACAAAUUAGGUAUUACUUGUUUUCAGGAUCUGUUUGUUGGAGGAAACCUUUCUCCAUUUGAACAAUUGUCUACCAAGUAUAAUUUACCAAAAACUCAUUUUUUCCGAUAUUUACAAAUUACAGAUUUUCUUUGAUCUCAAUUACAUUCUUUUCCUAUAAAAAUUUAUUAGAUGUAAUCUUUAAUUUGAAACCUUUUCACAAUGGCUCAAUAUCUAAUACUUAUGACAUGUUACUAGGAAUGAGUAAGGUGCCAUUAGAUAAAAUUUAAAACGCUUGGGAACAAGAUUUGCAGAUGUCAGUUUCUGAGGAAACUUGGAAUAAAAUUUUUAAAUUGGUUAAUACUUCGUCAUUAUGCACCUGUCAUUCUCUCCUCCAAUUUAAAGUGGCCCAUAGACCUCACUUGUCUAAAGAUAAACUAUCCCGUUUUUAUUCUGAUAUAUCUCCUUACUGUGACAAAUGCAAUAAUGGAGGGGCUUCUUUAAUUUACAUGUUCUAGACGUGUCAGAGUCUUUAAAAAUAUUGGACAGAGGUCUUUCAAACUUUUUCUGUACUUUUCAAAAUAAAUUUUAAACUUAAUCCUUUGACUGCACUAUUUGGGAUCACUGGAGAAAAAGAUAUAACUUUGAAGGCUUCUGAUUUACAUAUUCUGGCUCUUGUAGCCAGGAGGGCCGUGUUGCUUAAAUGGAAGGAAGUUACUCUGCCCAAUCAUGCUCAAUGGUUACGGGACAUUAUGUCUUACCUGAAUCUAGAGAAGAUUCAUUGUUCAGUUUUUGAAUCUAACUUAGACUUUCAAACCCUGUGGGGACCUUUUUUGAAUUAUUUUCAAAACCUUUGAUUUGGGGACUAAAAUACAGACGUUGGCUGACAUUGUUACAUUUCAAGGGUUUUUCCUUGUUUUUUUUAUUAAACAGCUUCGGUUUUUGGUAGUGGGAGUAGAUUUUUUUUAUAUAACAAAAUAUUCCAAUUUUUCCUUUAUUAGCUAUUACCUGUGAUUAUUAAUUCAGAGUAUUGUGAUCUUAAGUAUGAUUUAACACAAUGUAUUCAGUAGUAUAUUUACUCUCUUUUUUGAUGCAUGUACUUUGUAUUUUUUUCGUG